GGAAGCCUGCCGGGGCGGGGCAAGGAGGCUAGGGCCGCGGAGGUUGCGGCUUUCCCGUGGUCCUAGGCUUGGUCCGUCCGUUCGUCUGUCGGUCUGUCCCACCAUGGCUGCGCCGGCGCUCUCUCCGUGGACCCUAUUGCUGCUGCUGCUACUGCUGCCGCCGCCUCCGGGUGCCCAUGGUGAGCUAUGCAGGCCCUUUGGUGAAGACAAUUCGAUUCCAGUGUCCUGUCCUGAUUUCUGUUGUGGUUCCUGUUCCAACCAAUACUGCUGCUCUGACGUGCUGAAGAAAAUCCAGUGGAAUGAGGAAAUGUGUCCUGAGCCAGAGCCCAGCAGAUUUUCCACCUCCCUUGAGGAGACACCGGAACAUCUGGGUUCAGCGCUGAGGUUUCAGUCCAGUUUUGACAGUGACCCCAUGUCAGGGUUCGGAGCGACCAUCGCCAUCGGCGUGACCAUCUUUGUGGUGUUUAUUGCCACUAUCAUCAUAUGCUUCACCUGCUCCUGCUGCUGUCUGUAUAAGAUGUGCUGCCCCUCACGCCGCCCUGUCGUGACUAACACCACAACUACUACCGUGGUUCACGCCCCUUACCCUCAGCCUCAGCCCGUGGCCCCCAGCUAUCCUGGACCAACAUACCAGGGCUACCAUCCCAUGCCCCCCCAGCCAGCCAUGCCAGCAGCACCCUACCCGACGCAGUACCCACCACCCUACCUGGCUCAGCCCGCAGGUCCGCCAGCCUAUCAUGAGUCCUUGGCCGGAGCCAGCCAGCCUCCAUACAACCCGGCCUACAUGGAUCCCCCGAAGGCAGUCCCCUGAGCCUGCCCUCAGCCUCUUUGAUUAUGUCAUUUGUGAGUGAGUGAUACGCAGAGUUCUUUACUGCUGUCUGUGGUGUGUGUGUCUUGUCUAGACAUGUGGCUUCCUCUGCCGUUGACCAGGUAGGCACAAGUCUUACCAAUAAUGCGGGUCAGGACCAACCUGUUUUCUCCCUCACUUGAAAUUGUACUUUCUGAAAUUUCAAGUAAAUUAAAACCAAGGGGUAGGAGGUAUUUCCCACUUCACCCCAAGGUGACCAGCCAUGGUCACGUUUAGGAGAGUAAGAUCUUUGUGGGUACCUGUCCUGCUUUGGGGAGCAGUCAGCUAGCUCCUGCUAGGGAUUUAUCCCCAGGGUUUGGCUGAACUUUGCAGUGGGGCAGGUAGCUGGGCAGAGAACAAGGGGGCCCGGUGGCAGUGGGUCAGCCACUGAUGUCGAAGCACACACCAGGCAGAGCUCCACACAUUCGCCAUCAGUUAUCUGUCUGGACUGUCUCACUGUCUCUCCUGGCACUGUGUAGAGGGGCCACAUGUAUUCACUCUUCAGGCUCCAGUGGGGAAGCUUUCCUACCGUUGCUGGCCUGGCUCCUUCUAGCAGGCCAGGGACCUCUGUCGACUGCACACUCUGGUUUCUCCCUGCACUGCCUUUUUACUGUUAGCCAAACAUUUGGCCUGUUUUCUGUCUCCAGGUGUGUGAUAACUGGUGUGAGGUUGAAAUGCCUGGCUCCUGGAGGACAGACAAGCUGACCUCUGACAGUCAGUUUCCCUUGACACCAUCUUCAUAGACUACCUGACUCCUGUACCACAGUCCAGUUUGUCCCCGUAGUGGGGACACCAAGGCCAAUGGGUUAUCUGGACCAAAGGUGGGGGUGGAGGGCCUAGAAGGUGGCUCCAGGCCAGAUAUGAAUACCUCCAUAUUCCCUGUUGGUUCCUGUUCCACCGGCUGUUUCAGCUUUUGUGUUGAUUGGUGUUUUUGAGCAUUCAGACUCCGCACCCCCAUUUAUAAUAAAUGCAACAUUUGGA